AUGGGUGGAUGUGUAGCACCGUUUUGCAACAACUCGACAGCAAAAGGUUAUAUUAUGAAGAUAUUUCCUAGAGAUCCCGGGCUUUAUGGGCACAGAAUGUUCCGCGUGAAAAUUGGAUACCAACAAACAAUUCUUUUCUUUGUUCACUUUGCCCCAGAAAUGUGGGAAGCUAAUCGCAAACAUAAAUUAAAACGUGAUGCGAUACCGACAAUUUUUGGGUUUUUUUUAAAAAAGCAAGUAUUGACGAAAGACGCAGAAAAUGAUGGCAGCAGUGAGAAUAACAUUAAUGAAAUAACCAGUAUUAUACCAAGCAACAAAUGUACAAAUGAAGAAGCAACUGAUGACGAUAAGAAUACAGAAGUUAAUAUUGAAACAGUUAUUAUAAAUGACACCUCGGAGCUUAUAACAUUAUCAGCAAAUAUAUCACCUAUAACUGAAUGUAAUGAAACG